AUGGAGCCCAACGCCGACAAGCUACGUGGUCUUCGCAUCACCUCCCUGGACGAUGAAGACGAUGAUGAGACAGAACUGCCCAACCAACCUCUGCCCGCCUCCACCGUGACCGUGGUUGCGGCCGCCUCGGGCUAUGAUGAUGAUGACGAGGAUGAAGAUGAAGAAGCAGAAGUCAUGCUUGGAUUCCUGGAGAAGCCGAAGCAUCCCGGCCUCCUCCUCCGCCACCUCUUUCCUAGCAAGGCUGGAGGCAUCCCGGCGUGGUUGGAUCCCGUGAACUUGCCCACGGGGAACUCCAGCUGCUGUGGCUUCUGCGGCGAGCCCCUGCACUUUGUCCUCCAGAUUUAUGCUCCAAUUGAGAGCAAUACAGCAGCAUUCCACCGCACUCUGUUCAUGUUCAUGUGCCCGUCGAUGGCAUGCUUGCACCGAGACCAGCACGAACAGUGGACACGCAACCAAGGCAAUCCUCGUAGAAGCGUGAGGGUUUUCCGGUGCCAGCUGCCUCGUACCAACGUGUUCUACUCAAGUGAACCUCCAAGUCGCAAUAACUCUGACAAGCCACUAUGUGCCGGAGAAAAACAUCGCACUGUCAAUGUGCCGACUGCUGAGACUAAGUUUGGUGGGGCUGCUCUGUGUCAUUGGUGUGGUACAUGGAAAGGGGAUAAAAUAUGUGGUGGCUGCAAGAAAUCACGUUACUGUUCUGAGAAACAUCAGGCACUGCACUGGCGCUCUGGUCAUAAAAAUGAUUGCCUACAGAUAAUCAAUUCUUCUGAAGCUUCAAGAUCUGUGCUGCCAGCUGUAGGAAAAGUUCCAGCUAGGACUUCUUGGCCGGAAUAUCAGAUAGCAAUUGACGAUGAAGUUGAUUUGGAUUCUGAUGGUUGUGAUGAAGACAGCUCAAAGUCCUUGGUGAUGCAAAAGCAUGGUAAACCAGAUGAUACAAUGCAGUCAUGGAUGGAUCAAUUUGAGGCUGAUGCUGACAACCAAUGCUGGGCAUAUUUUCAAGAGCGUAUCUCAAGAGCACCAGAGCAAGUAUUGAGAUACUGUCGAGAUCCAAAUGUAAAACCUCUGUGGGCUUUAUCAGCUGGGCGUCCAUCAAAUCCUGACAUCCCUUCAUGUAGCUACUGUAAAGGUCCACUAUGCUAUGAAUUUCAGAUAAUGCCACAAUUGCUUUAUUACUUUGGUGUGAGAAAUGAACCAGACUCUCUUGAUUGGGCAACAAUUGCUGUGUACACAUGUAAAGGAUCAUGUGAUCAAAAUAUUAGCUACAAGGAAGAGUUUUCAUGGGUUCAGUUAUAUCCUACGUCAAUCUCAAGGCCGUAG